AUGCUUUCCACAAACGGUUGCCUAUGCUGCCUGCUAGCGCUAUGCUUUUGCUGCCUUCAGCCAGUAAUAGCCAUAAUGAAUCGGCCGCCCGCCGAUAGUAGCGCGUUGAGCGUCAGCAAACAGCUGGGCAGCAGCUACCUAAAUCAGCAGCGACCACUCUGGAUACUGGAGGACCAAGUGCCACAAAGUGACUACUCAGCAUUGGUCUACACAACGCAGAGUCCUUACAACUACCACAUGCCACAGACGCAGUUGCAUGCACAGCGGCUGAGCGCAAUACAGCUGCAACAAGGCAGUCAAUCAAAUAGGGAGGUACAGUUGCAACAGCAGCAUGCAGCACAGGCGAUGCGCACUGCACAAUCAACGCGCCAGACGCGGCAGCAAUCGCGCGUGGCUAAAUAUACAACGCGCUUGCAACUACCACACCGCUAUAUGCCGCUGCAACGCGUGCAUUUCCAACAACGUCCGCCUCCGCUUUUGGCGCGCAAGAGGCCGCGUUUUAUGGCUGGCAAUGCAGUGGCGCCGGCACGACGUCGCGAGAAUUACAUACCGCGUCUCAGCAUGCCCACAUUCGAUAGCAUGCCUGGUGACGAGAGUGGACGCGCCGCGCCAGUCUUUAUCUAUACUGGACCCAAAGGCGAGCUGAUAUUGAAUACCAUGCUGACAGCGCCACAGUAUCCGAUGCAGGAGCCGGUGCCGGGACAAGUGCUGUACCCACCUAGCGUGCCCGUCUUUCGACCCAAACCGAUUGUGGAGCGCUUCCGCAUGCCGGGCAGCACGCAGACUUUGAAUCUUACGCUUAUACCUUUCUACGAGCACGAAGCUCUUGAUAUACGUCAGGCGGCACGCAUGUUGGAUCAUGAGCAAGCGCUGAAUCGAGAGCCAACCACUACUCCGCAACCCACGGUGGUUUAUGCUGCGCCAGCUGCCAUGCCUCCUAUUGCGGAUUCGGUAACUGCGGAAACUGUACCAACAGCGAAAAAGUUACGCUUCAAGAAAGGCAAACACUAUUCAGCGUAUCACUCGCCUAACGAGGUGCAAUGGACGCCGAUGACCACGGAGGAGCUGAGGCUCGUCACUUCGACUACAACUCCUUUUCCGUUGACGGCGCCCAGUCCACCACAAAACCAUCGCCUCGUCAAUGAUAUGGAAGUGUCGUCGACAACACGGCCUUCCUUGAGCAAUUACAAAAUCACCUACGAAUCGGAGACGGACAGUGUAGAGGAUGAUGUUGAAAAGGAAGUGGACGGCGAUCGGCUGCGGAUUAUGUAUGUCGACGACAGUCUCGAAAGACCCACUACAGCCACAAAAGUGCCUAUGAUGAGCUCGCGCUAUUCACUCUCCAAGGAGUACUACGCCUUUCCGGUAUUUACACUGGGCAAGCUAUUGAAGUCCGAGUCGGAUGGCGUUGAGAAACAGUUACCAGGUUUUAUGGUACAAAAUACCAUUGACAGUCCCAUCGCGAAUGUACAACAAGUGGAAAACACUAGUGAAACGCCUGCAAAUGUGGCUAGCGAAAAUGUCGGUGGAGAAGAAAGUGAUGCAGAGGAUGGUGAGGCGGAUGACGUGGAGACUUGGUUCAUACUGAACUCGAGAUAUAAAGGACAGCAUAGGCAAAACACCAAUGAAUAUCGCCUCUCCUCGAAAUAUAUACAUACGACGGAUGUGAGAGAACCCGACGAGUGA